UAGGGUUAAGUCUUCUUCGUCUCCGUGCCUGCGUCUCACUUCUCACACACAAACACGCGGAAACACACAGUCACCUAAUCGCCAAUGGCGGCAAAGCAGAAGAAGGUGAGCCGAAACCCUGAUCUGAUCAGGGGCGUCGGAAAAUAUUCCCGUUCCAAAAUGUACCACAAGCGGGGUUUAUGGGCUAUUAAGGCCAAGCACGGCGGCGCUUUCCCCACCCACCCCAAAAAGGCCCCGGAAGAGGUGAAGCCCGCCGUCGAGAAGCCGGCAAAGUUCUAUCCAGCUGAUGACGUGAAGAAGCCACUGGCCAACAAGCGCAAGCCAAAACCCACCAAGCUCAGGGCAAGUAUUACCCCUGGUACAGUGUUGAUAAUAUUGGCUGGAAGGUUUAAGGGCAAGAGAGUGGUUUUCUUGAAGCAACUUACCUCGGGAUUGCUGCUUGUCACUGGACCAUUUAAGAUUAAUGGUGUUCCUUUGAGGAGGGUCAAUCAGUCUUAUGUUAUUGCAACUUCAACAAAGGUUGACAUCUCCGGGGUUAGCUUGGACAAGUUUGACGAUAAGUACUUUGCAAAGCAAGUGGAGAAGAAGAAGAAGAAAGGGGAGGGCGAGUUCUUUGAGGCAGAGAAAGAGGUGAAGAAUGUGCUCCCACAGGAUAAGAAAGACGACCAGAAAGCUCUUGAUGCACAAUUGAUCAAAGCUAUUGAGGGAGUUCCAGAUUUGAAGUCUUAUUUGGGUGCAAGGUUUUCACUCAAGUCAGGAGACAAACCCCAUGAGCUUGUUUUUUAGAGAACGCAUUUCCAAAAUUAGAGCGAGUUUAUUAUUUUUCUCUACUUCCGAUUUUGUUUCUGUAUGGGCUAGACUUUUUGGUGGAUGUACCCUUAUGUUGGCUGCAGGCAAAUUUUGUCUUUUCUGAUAUUGAACAGCACAGAUUUAUAGUAGGUUAUGUGGUCUUACCAUUUGAUACUUCUUCAUAUGAAAUCCUUUGUGUUUAUCUUGGCGUUGAGAAAAUGGUUGGAUGGAAUUGUUGAGGUGUAAGCCUGUCCAACAUCUUUGUUGUAAGCUUAAUCUGUCCAUGUUUUCCCAGGUAAAA